CCCACCGUUCCGCGGUCCUGGCGGAACGGAAGCCAUACUUUUAUUUUUGCAGUCGGACGAGUUACGAGGGUGCACUGCAAGGGGCUUACCCUAACCCUAGUGACCGAUGACUGCUGAAUGCCUGCAGUUGCUAAUGGAAAGUCUCAGCAGGUAUUGGGAAGUAGAAGACUUGAGUGCUGAGCUAUUCUAAGACCAUGAAAGAUCAGCCAUGGACCAGAUCACUUUUCAUCAUGAUACUGUGCUUUCUGAUGUUCACAUGCUCCUGCCAAACACAUGCCAUCUUAUGACACGCCUCAACUAUGUUGGACAGCCUGUUUUCAUCUCCAAAUUCAAGAUCUUGUCAGGUGGUGAGAAGCAUGACAACAAUGACCCAGGGAAAGCAUUAAAGGAUGCGGACGAUUAUGAUGACCCAAAAGAGGGCCGGGAAAAAGACACAGAGGCCACACAAGGAAAAGAUAGAGAGGGUUGUGGAGAAGGAAAUAUGAAACCAUUCCUGGAUGAGGACGGAGAUCUUGACAUCACACAUCGGAAGAAGUCCAGAAGAAUGGAUUCCCCCGUUAUGGACCGCUAUGACUUAAAUUGUGUUGUCUGAGAGUUUAAAAAGGAUAGUGCUGUGUUUAAUUAAAUUAAAUUAAAUUUUAUUUGUAUAGC